GCCCACCGACAUCGCCUUCUCGGAACCCCAAAUCCAGCACCAAAUCCCAAAUCCCCCCCGCCCCCACGCGCAUUCCCGUCCCCGGAUCCGGCGGGGAGCAUGUCGUCGUCGCCGGGGAGCCUCGGCAGGACGGAUCUGGACGGGAACCCCGUGGCGCCGCUCACCAUCUGCAUGAUCGGCGCCGGCGGCUUCAUUGGCUCCCACCUCUGCGAGAAGCUCAUGGCGGAGACGGCGCACGUCGUCCUCGCCGUCGACGUCUACUGCGACAAGAUCCGCCACCUCGUCGACCCGGCCCCGCCCCACCUCUCCGGCCGCAUCUCCUUCCACCGCCUCAACAUCAAGAACGACUCACGCCUCGAGGGCCUCAUCAAGAUGGCCGAUCUGACGAUCAACUUGGCGGCGAUCUGCACGCCGGCGGACUACAACACGCGCCCGCUCGACACCAUCUACAGCAACUUCAUCGACGCCCUCCCAGUGGUCAAGUAUUGCUCGGAGAACAACAAGCGCCUCAUCCACUUCUCCACGUGUGAGGUCUACGGCAAGACCAUCGGCAGCUUCCUCCCCAAGGAUCACCCGCUCCGCAAGGAAGCUGAAUUUUAUGUGCUGAAAGAAGAUGAGUCACCCUGCAUUUUUGGUCCAAUUGUGAAGCAGAGAUGGUCCUACGCAUGCGCGAAGCAGCUUAUUGAGAGGCUUAUUUUUGCUGAAGGUGCAGAAAAUGACCUUGAAUUCACGAUCGUGAGACCUUUCAAUUGGAUUGGGCCAAGGAUGGACUUCAUUCCUGGAGUUGAUGGUCCUAGCGAGGGUGUUCCUCGGGUUUUGGCUUGCUUCAGUAACAAUCUCCUCCGCAGAGAGCCCCUGAAGCUUGUUGAUGGCGGCGAGUCCCAGAGAACUUUCGUUUACAUCAAGGAUGCCAUUGAAGCUGUUCAUUUGAUGAUUGAAAACCCUGCUCGAGCCAACGGCCAUAUCUUCAAUGUUGGGAACCCCGACAAUGAAGUCACCGUUAGGGAAUUGGCUGAAAUGAUGAUAGAGGUCUAUGCUAAUGUCUCAGGAGAGCCACCACUGGAUGAACCUUUAAUCGACGUGAGUGCGAAGCAAUUCUAUGGUGAAGGAUACGAUGAUAGUGACAAGAGAAUUCCCGAUAUGACCCUAAUCAACAAGCAGCUAGGGUGGAACCCAAAGACCCCUCUCAAGGACUUGCUGGAGACGACUUUGACCUACCAGCACAAGACAUACAAAGAAGCCGUCAAAAGGCAAAUGUCACAGGCGACAGCGUCGAGUUAGAAGGAACAUGUCGCGAUUCCGGAUGCGGCGAUAUAUGUUACAAGCUUAUGUAGAGUCACGGUCACAGCGGUUGGUUGUGAUCUUUCGCAAAUCUGGAUACGCAUACUCUAGUAUGAUAUUUUUUGCGCCUCUUAGAGUUACUCCCUAGAUCCCUUUUUAUCUUACCCUAGAUUCCGCGUGCCGUGUAACGGGGCAAAGCAAAGGGGAUUACCUAUAUACCUGUGGCAGAGUUGAUGUAUUCCAUUAUACGAUUUGGUAGCACCUCCCGUGCCAUUCUUUCCUGCUGGUGAGAGCUGUUCUUGUUCAGCAUAGAUACAUGGUUUCGAUCUCAGUUCUGUCAGUUUUAGCACAUAGUCUCUUUGGUUCCUUUGUCCACAGAACAAGUAUUGACAUGAUAAAACCAGAUGGAAUGAAACCUAGUUGUUGGAGGUUGUGCAAA